AUUAAAAGCGUUCUAACUCGAAGGCAAGGCUCAAAAAACAAAAAAUCCAGGAUCGGUCUCUUUCUCUAUAAUCCGUCUUCUUCCUCCCUUCGUAUACUCAAAUCCGGAAAAGAAUCCAUUCAAUGGCGAAGGAAUUGGCGGAGAAAGCUAAAGAGGCUUUCUUAGAUGACGACUUCGAUGUCGCUGUUGACUUAUACUCGAAAGCCAUUGACUUAGAUCCCAAUUGCGCCGCCUUCUUCGCCGAUCGUGCUCAGGCCAACAUCAAAAUCGAUAACUUCACUGACGCUGUUGCAGAUGCGAACAAAGCCAUCGACUUGGAACCUACGUUGGCAAAAGCGUACCUCAGAAAGGGCACUGCUUGUAUGAAGCUAGAAGAAUACAGUACUGCCAAAGCAGCCCUAGAAAAGGGCGCAUCCGUUGCACCAAAUGAAUCGAAAUUUAAGAAGAUGAUCGAUGAAUGCAAUCUUCGCAUUGCAGAAGAAGAGAAAGAUUUGGCUCCAUCGAUGCCAACAACUUUGCCUUCAAGCUCUACAACACCACUAGCAACGGCAGCUGAUGUUCCUCCUGUUCCAGUUCCUGCUGCACCUGCCAAACCGAUGUUUAGACACGAGUUCUACCAGAAGCCAGAAGAAGUUGUAGUGACAAUUUUCGCUAAAGGAAUACCAAAGGAAAACGUAACUAUCGACUUUGGUGACCAGAUUCUGAGUGUUGUGAUUGAUGUUGCUGGAGAGGAAGCUUAUCAUUUUCAGCCAAGAUUGUUUGGGAAGAUAAUACCAGAGAAGUGCAGAUUUGAAGUAUUGGCAACCAAAGUUGAGAUCCGUCUCGCAAAAGCAGAGAUAAUCACUUGGGCCUCCCUUGAAUUUGGCAAAGGACAAGCUGUUCUGCCUAAACCCAAUGUCGCAUCAGCGGUUUCGCAGAGGCCCGUGUAUCCUUCUUCAAAGCCGGGAAAAGACUGGGACAAGCUGGAAGCUGAAGUGAAGAAACAGGAGAAGGAUGAGAAGCUAGAUGGAGAUGCAGCAAUGAACAAGUUUUUCAGCGAUAUUUACCAGAGUGCAGAUGAGGACAUGAGGCGAGCCAUGAACAAAUCAUUUGCAGAGUCGAACGGGACGGUACUGUCUACAAACUGGAAAGAGGUUGGGACUAAGAAAGUGGAGAGCACUCCACCAGAUGGUAUGGAGCUCAAGAAGUGGGAGUAUUGAUCUUUCAAAUCAUGUUUUCUUGUUUUUGUUAAAAAUUCUGACAAAUCUAAGAACGAAAGUUUCUUUUGGGUUUUGCUUGAAUUUGGCUCUCUCAUCCUUGCGUUGUGGUCUUAAAGAACGGUCUGAUACUUUUGAUUUUGUAAUAGAAAAACCUCGCAAGUUUAUGUUU